GAAAAAAUGUGUUGUUGUAGGAGCUAGGUAACUUCAGCAGAUGGCAGGAUUGGGACACGUAGGGGGCAAACCUACAUAUCAGGCGUCUGUAAUGGCGCCUGAUCAAAAUCCAGCAGUGAUCCAUAGUUUUGCAGAGACGGGAGCUUCUGUUGUCGUCAACAGCUCUGUGGAUCCAGACAAAAAUAUAUCCGGCCCCAGUGUGAGCUGAUCGGCUUGCUUGGUGUAAAACAACGCUGUGGUUUGUUUUACAGACUGUGGACACCAUGCAGGGUGUGGACUAUGUUGAUCUAAACAGCUCGGAAAGUCUGCCGUUAGAGGACAGAGUGCAGAUGAAACAGCUCGGUGUCCAUCAGCCGCAGGAAGCUGGUACAAACCAAACAGCUGGUCAGAAGAAGCACGUGUUCCCAGUCCUUCAGAUGCUGGAUGUUAAAAAAGAGGUUCCACAUGACAGGAGCUCCAAGUUGGACCAACUGCACCCAGAGCCCCCCCACAUAAAGGAGGAAGAGGAGAAACUCUGGACCAAUCUGGAGGGAGAGCAGCCUAAUGAGCAGAAAGAGACUGAUAUCAGCAGGUUCCCUUUCACUGUUGUUACAGUGAAGAAUGAAGGUUAUGAAGAGAAACCUCUGUUAUUAGAGCUUCAUCAGAUCAAAACUGAAGAAAGUGGAGAGAGGGAAGCUUCAACCACCAGCUCAGCUGAACAAAUAAAAACAGAACCCAAUAGAGAGGACAGUGGAGGACCAGAACCAGACAGGAACCUGGAUCCAGAAUUUACCUUUGAGCGAAACCCUGAUGAAAAUGGUUCAGAUUCUUCUGAGACUGAGGUCAGUGAUGAUGAUGAUGAUGAUCAUGACUGGCAGGGACCUUUGUCAGAUUCUGAGUCUGAAACUAAAAUGAGUCACAACAGUGGGAAGCAGUGUAGAGAACCUCAGUCAGAUGUAAACAGUGAAAAGAAAAGUAACUCAGUCAUGGCUGGUGAUAAAGGAGAAAAACUGUUCGCUUGCAAUGAAUGUGAUAAAAGGUUUAAAAAGCGUGACAGCCUUACCGAUCAUGUUAGGGUUCACACCGGCGAGAAGCCAUUUGCUUGUGAUGUUUGUGAGAAAAAAUUCAGAAGGAAGGACUGUCUCCGAAAACACAAUAUGACCCACAGUGGAAAGACAGCACACAGCUGUGAUUUCUGUGGAAAAGGCUUUAUAGAAAAGACUGAUCUUCAGGCACACAUAAGACUCCAUACUGGAGAGCGACCCUUUGCUUGUGAUGAAUGUGGCAGAAGGUUUCAUAAAAAGUCAAUCCUUACAGUGCACAUGAAGGUCCAUUCAGGGGAUAAACAAUUUAAAUGCACUGUGUGUGAAAAAAGAUUUCGGUUUCAGCACAUCCUUAAAAAACACAUGAUUGUCCACACUGGAGAGAAGCCGUUUGUUUGUGCGGUUUGUGGUAAAGGGUUUUCUCAACAAGAAACACGGAAGAGACACAUGGGUGUUCACACCGGGGAAAAAACAUUUGUUUGUAGUGACUGUGGUAAAGACUUUCAGCAGAAGAUCCACCUGAAGGAACACAUGAGGGUCCACACCGGGGAGAAGCCAUUUGGUUGUGACGUGUGUGGUAAGAAAUUCAAAAAGAAGUCAUAUGUUAAAACCCACAUGAUGUCUCAUGCUGGAAAGAGAGCACACAACUGUGAGCAGUGUGGUAAAGGCUUCUUAGUGAAGGGCGGUCUUCAGGAACACAUGAGGAUUCACAACGGAGAAAGACCUUUCAGCUGCGACGUGUGUAGCAAAAGCUUUCUGCAGAGGAUCCAUCUGAAGGAACACAUGAGAGUCCACACAGGAGUGAAGCCAUUUGGGUGUGAUGUUUGUGGUAAGAAGUUCACAAAAAAAUCCUAUGUUACAACACACAUGGUGUCUCAUGCUUGACAGAUGAUGGAUAGUGGUGAUCACAGACCCACACAGAAGUUCACACUGGAGGGUGAACAACUGGUCUGAGCCACAGUAGAGGAGGUUUUGGUGCCUGAUAUUUGUCAAUAAAAAUUCAAAACGAGGCAUUCGUUUUUGAGACCGUUUCUCAGACACUUGAAAGGCCUGGUUUUUGUACUAGAGAGCAAGUUAACCAUAGCUGGGCUUUCUUUGUGUAAACUGGUUUCUAUAACAGGGGUCAAAUAUCAGAAAUGACAGUACUAUAAUUUUACUCAUUUGUAUAGCUUUGUACUACUAAAAAUAACCUGAUUAAAAUCAACAGAAAUUCAUCUUACUGCUAGUCUGCAAAGAUGUGCGUUUUGCUUUGCAUUUCGGAACAUUGACUUGUUGACACUGACCUGCAGAAUUCAGCUCAGUGGUGUCAAACUGCUCCUGGAGGACCUUGUCCUGCAGAUUUUUUGGUCUUUGCUGCAAAUAAUAAACAGCCUCAGCAGAAAUUUGGACAUUUAAAUCAGGUGUGUUGGAGCAGAAAUACAUUUAAAACUAGGAGCAGCAUGUCCAAAGGAUCAAGAUUGGAAGCUGGCUUAAACCCUCCAGAUAUCCACUAAACUAAUUUUAUUCUGGAUGGAUGGGGGUUCUGCCCAUGUAUGGACUAUUCCACAUCAGUGGACCUUAAAUGGGAUUGAAUCUUAAUAACCAAAUCUUUGUUGCAGAGAUGGAGGAACCUCCACACAGUUAUUAAUAUAAAAUUCGUUUAGUCCAUUUUAAAAAACUCUCCCUGAAACAAUCAUUUCUAUUUAUUUUAUGUAAAUUUAUUGUUUGGUAAUCCAGAACAACACGUGUAAAUUUUAAGUUGAAAACAAGUGAGAUACUGUUCUGAAUUUAUAAAAUAUUCUCAAGCAGAUCUGUUUUAUCCAAGUUGAUGAAAUAAUUUGUGUUAGUUGGACAAAUCAUUGCCUGCUUUUAGAAAAACAUGUUUCUGGUUAAAAUGCUACAUUGUUGAACAUGAAUGGAAUUCAGUCUAUUAUAAAGUCAUAUGUAACUAUUGUAUAUUGUAAAUCUUUAGUCUAAUACCCAAAAAGUAGAUCAUGUCCACUGAUUACAUGUGAUCUUUGUUUGUUUUGACCUUUUAUUGCAUGUUUAAUAAUCUCACUGUGGAUGUACAGAUGCAGCUCAAGUUCUGUGCUAUUAUGUGAAAAAAAGGUCAGAAUUUGGAUGCAGAAAGUUGCCUUUUUGUGUUUUUAAAUGCAACGCAGACUGGAAUAAGAAAUCUCGUUAUGGGAUUACUGUCACUGACUUCAUGUGUGCAUGUGUCACCUUGCAGUAAAGUACUGAAGCCCAGGUUGUCCUCUUAAUGGAGCUUCUUAUUUGUGAAGCACUUCUAUCAUUAAGGUAUCUGUAUGAUUUUGAUUUAACUUUAGUUGUUUUUAUAUUUACCAAGCUACCUAAUGUGGAUGUAUAGAUAUGUUGUUUGUUUUCUUUUACUAAAUUAAAAUUAUUUGGAUUACAA